AUGGCCAUGAGGCCCAUGACGCGACACUGCGCGGUAAUGGCCGUGGCCCUGUCGAUGGCUUGGGCAGGAUACCCGGAGAGCGACGAGGAUCAGAUUCGAAAGCUCUUGGUAGAAAUGACCACCGAAGAAAAAUUCCAUCAGACCUGCAUCGAUAACGAAUGCCCCGAGCACCGAGCCAGGUGGUUGAAAUGCGAUCCCGCUGGGGGUGGUGGUACAGCUGGUGGUGGAGAUGGUUGGUUUAACCUCAAGGAUAUCUCGAGGCUAAACAUCCGAGGGAUGCGCAUGCGCGAUGGACCCAAAGGCAUGACGUGUCAGGGUGGCAACGGGCCCUUCAGCCCGCCUUGUCCGGAGGACGGCGGCAGCCCGUCCUUUCCGUCGCAGAUCACCCGAGCCGCCACGUGGAACGUGGAGCUAGAAGAGUCCAUCGGACGCGCCAUAGGCCUUGUGGCCAGCAAGCUGGACGUCCAUGCAGCCCUGCUGCCCACCAUCAACAUCCUGCCCUGGCUCAACUGGGGCCGCGCGCAGGAAAGUUACGGCGAGGAUCCCUUCUUCAGUGGCAAGAUGGGCGCCGCCGUGGUCAACGGAGUACAGCAUGACCAGAAGGUGAUGGCCACAGCCACUUGCCGGAAGAAUGCUAAGCACUUCUUGGCCAAUAACAUCGAGAACACGCGGUGGUGGGUGAGUGCUGAGAUGGACGAACAGACCUUGCACGAUGUCUAUCUCAGGGCUUGGGCCUUGGUGGUGGCUGACAGCUCACCGGAGCUCAUUAUGACCUCCUACAACAGGGCGCAAGGGAAGUGGGCAUUCACAGACCCCAAAUUCAUCAACAUCCUCCGGAACGACUUGGGCUUUGAUGGCAGCAUCAUGACCGAUUGGUUCGCGUCGUGGGAGGCCAUCACCGGUGGCAUGAUCUUGGGCGAAAUUGGCAAAAGCAGUCCCUUCUAUGGCAGCAAGGGAUUUAUUCCGUCCAACAGCCUUUACAAUGCUGGAAUUGACAUGGAGAUGCCCAUGUGCAGCAAGAACCGCGACGCCAUUUGUCAGGCACAAACCUGUGCUGGCGACGUGGAAGAGGACUGCACAACCCUGAAACACUUGGAUCGUGUCACGGAUCGCAUCCUUCGCUCCAAGCAGAGGUAUGGCUUGCUCGCAGCCAUGCGGAACCACACGCAACGCAUCACCUGGGACAACAGCGACUUCGACAGGUUAAUCCUGGAAGCCGCGCAGGAGGGGAUCGUGCUGCUGAAGAAUGAGGAUCUGCUGCCAAAGACACAGGCUUCCGUCUCUCGCCUGGCCGUGCUGGGCAGCGCUGAGCAGCUGGAGCUGGGCGACCACGGCAGCAGCGCCGUGAAGCCCUCGGGCAGGAUGGUGAAUGUGCUGGAGGGUUUGAAGGAGAAGUACUCAGAUGCAGAGGUGAUCAUGAUUAACAACGAUCUCUCGUCUCCGGACGUAGCCGCCUUUGUCAAAAGUUGCGAUUUGGUGGUCAUUGAUGUGGGCUUGAACUUCACAUUUGAGGGUGAGUUCAUUCCUCCUCAAACUGGUGGCGACCGCAUGUACUUGACCCUGCACCCACAGGAGGAGGAGCUGAUUAAGCAGGCCUCCAAACUGAGCUCAAAGGUAGUCGUGGCCAUCACUUCAGGAGCUUCAAUCAUCGUGGAGAACUUUGUAAAUGAGGUCCAGGCCAUUCUGUGGAUGGGCUAUCCCGGACCGUUAGGAGGACUCGCGCUGGCCAACAUCCUCAGUGGAGAGGUGAACCCCUCUGGGCGGAUGCCCAGCGUGACGCCCAAGAAGGCGGAGGACUACUUGCCCAAGGGAAUUAGCGCAGCGCCCUGGGCCCUUGAAACCGUGGACGUGACGCCGACGUAUCCCUACAGCCACGGGUUUAAACACAUGUGGCAGAAUGGCAUCGCACCGCGAUAUCCUUUUGGUUUUGGGCUCAGUUACACGAGCUACAGCUAUUCCGAGCCCUCCACCGCUGCUGCUGGGUCUACGGUGGAGGUGACGGUGCAGGUGACCAACCAGGGUGAGCGAGCUGGUUUGGAGACAGUUCAGGUUUAUGCCACAUGCAAGGACUGCCGAAAGAGGCGGCUCCCCAUUAUGUUGGUGGCGUUCAAGAAGGUGAAGAUCGAGGCCGGAAAAACGAAGGAUGUGCAGCUCACCGUGCAGCUGAAGGAUUUGGCCUCGAUCCAGGGCGAUGGCAGCAGCCACUUCUUUCUCUUAGAGGGCGGGGUCUACGAGUUCCUGGUGGGUCCCUGCUUGGGUGAGGCUGUGCUGCGAAGCUCAAUGACGCUGGAUGAACAGACCUUUCGCUAUCCCGGGAAAGCGCGGCGCGAGAACUUUGCACCUUGGUGGAGGGCUGCUGUGGCCCAGGCGCCUGUCUUCGAGGCGCAAAAGGAGUGUCCCAGCUUCAAAUGCGUGCCGGAAGCGGAGCAUCUGCUGUUGAAGGGCUGGCAGCUGCCCGACAAGUCUCCGUUGGACUUGUUGUUGGCGGUCAGUAUAGCGCGGAAACAUGCAGCGAUCAGCGUGACCUGUCUCGCUGUGGCUUUGGCGAAUCGAUUCCGAAACGAAGAAAAAUCGGUCGUGGCAUUUGGCCCGGGGCUCAAGGGCUUUCGCCGGGGCAUUUCACGGUUUUGGGCCUUUGAAGCAUCCAGCCGAAUGGGCACUUGA